UUUCUCGGCAGACAUAAUUAUGCCGUCAUCACGAAUUAGAUACGACCACGGUCGCUGCUGCGAAGAAAAGACCAACGGCAAUGAUAUAGCAAUGUGGUGACACAAGUUCAGUUCCAAGUUACCUGUAUUUGAUGCGGUUAUCACCAGCUAUGGCUACUGCUCUGUGAGGUUUUCAAGCCAAACGGAAAAGUGCGCUUAAAGAGCGCUAAUAUUCAGUCGUGCAAAUGUGACCAGUGUGUAUCCAGUCGUGACGCUAUGGAUAACGUGAAUUUUUACGAAUAAGCAGGACGGACGGACAUAAUGAACAAGGCAGAACGGCCGAAAUAGGUGGCGUUCCCAGUUUCCAACAUGGGCAAUCCUCUCGUUAGCAGCUACAAAGGCGCCUUCGUGGCUACGAGGAUAUUCUCGACGGUCACUGGAGGUAUACGGUGGCCUUCGGAUACGCUACGGGGUUGUCCUCGGCUGAGCUAUUGGCUGCUCGAAAGUGGUCUAUUUUUUUUCCCAUUUAUCGUUGGUGGCCUCUUGCUGGACUCUCUGGUGCGCAACUACUACCUCGACUUCUAUUCCGCCUGUGGAAUAUUUGCUGCUCUAUCAUUUGUGCUUGUCAUUGUACUGUGGGUUGUGUGCGAGGUGCGGCGAGGCCAUAUUGUAGCUCCUGAGUACACCGACGAUGACAUGGUACACUCGAAGGACAAAUGGCCGUGUGCAUACAGACCCUUUCCUUGUGCCUUUUUAUAUGCGAUCACAGCGGCUUGCCUUGAAGCGUCUGUUCUCUACUUAAACUUCUGGCUUAGCCAUAGAAAGGUGAUUAAAUAUUGGACAGUUGAGAUGCUAAUACGACAUCUACUAUGGCUAGCUGAUUGCGUCACGUUCCAUUCGCUGGCAGUAGAGGCUCCCGUAGAGACCGCCAGCUUUCAACCACCAAUAGGCGCAUUUCAUGAAACUUGGUACCAACCUUUGAUGCGACCGUUUUAUCUCGGAUGCCUAGUAGGUGGCGCAGUCUUCCUACGUGAGGUUCCAGUGGAAGGAAUGAACCAUAUGCUGGUUCCAUUUCUUGACACAUUUAUUUGUUUGUUGCCCCUUCUUUGGCUACUGGGUGUACUUGCGCCUUUAGACGCCCUUAAACUGUGGGCAGGCGAAUGGAUUUCUACCACACUAUUUGGCGGCUCCCCUACGCCUUCCGAGCUUUCGCUGUUUACUAAGUUGCUGGCCUCUUUAACAGUUACUGCUGUGUGCUAUUAUCUGCAAUCAUACAAAGCAUUAUUCGCUUGUGUUUCUGGGUUUGUACUUGCGUUACACUAUGCCCAUCUCCAAAGAUGGUGGGUCGCUAUUCAGCACACGGUUAUCGCUGUCCUAAGCGCGAUCGCAACGAUCAAGGAAGACGCGGUGUCCAGCGAAGCUGAAUUGUCUCUCGGAAUCAUACUGGCCGUUAUCCUAGUUAUAUCUGAGAUCCUGUCUUCGUUACAGCGGGUCACUUUCCUCGGCGGCCUUUUUCUCAAUCCUUUGUGGAAUAACUUCAGGGAAACGAGGAAGACGUCAAUCAACGGCAUCGUCCAUAUACUCAUUCAGGGUCUUCUUGUACAUAGCGUGAGUCCGAUUCUGAUGUGCUGGUUUUUUUCCGGAGGGAAUCUUUAUCCUGAAGAUGCGUUGCAGCGUGUACUUGUGACGAUCUCUCUCGUCAAAUCAUAUCGAGAGAUAUUUCAGAGAACGCGGACCUCGAUUCUCGUCUCGGUAUGCACGAUUGUAUUUCGUGCCUGCUCAGGAGACCUUAGGGUACUUCCUGCUUGUGUGUUGUUUGUCACACUGUCUAUAACUUGGCGAACCCUAAUGGGCUUUUUGGAGCGGCUGUAUACCGUUGGGGUGAUACUUAGUUCAUCUAUCGUUAUUACGAAACAACGACUACAACACAACUGGAUUCUCUUCGCCCUGAACAUUACUUUAUUUCCGUGGCUCUUGUUGGUGAGCGCAUCGACGGCCUUUUUAGAAAGUCCCCUUCUCGCACUAUUCUCGCUGCCGAUAUUUCUGCCCGGUUUCCCGAGACCUCGCCGAUUCUGGCCCUUCCGGGACCUAAUGGAUCAACAAAACAUUACGAGGUCGGAGACACAAGACGCGGCGAUCACCAUCAAGGGAGAUAUCGUAUUCUACGCUCAGUUUAUACCGCGGCUCAUCGAAAAGUUAGAAAGCCCAAUAAGCCGCGGAUUGUUUGGUUCUUUGCAAGCCGGGUCUUGUAUUCUAGCUCGCCACCAGAAUCGAUUGGUACUACUGCGAGUGAUUGAAGCAGGGUAUUUGUUCCGUUGUGUGGAAGCCAAGGGACUCGAGCUCCAGGAGACGUCGUGCCAUAGCCUAGAGGCAGCAACGGUGGAUCAAAUCAUUGACGAAUGCUUCCUAAAGGUGCAGGUUGGUUGCGGUAAUCCGUAUGCAAUGAACUCGUUUCGUCCUCGAGCUCGUACCCACGUUGUAACGUACUCCUCAGCACGGAAUGUGCUUAAUGGCGUCAUUGACCAACCUGCCUUUAACGAAGCAAUGCUUAAUAAUUUCUCCAGGGUGCUUUUAUGGAUACUACUGCACCAGCAAGCGCGUUCAAUAAGAGAGAACAAUAACUACAGCGACGCGGAUAUAGCCGGGUCGACCGACAUGCUAAGUGAGCAUUCUCGUUACCGGCCGCGUAAAUCUUGGUGGCUUUUAAUGUCACAGGAAACGAGCUCUUUCAGAAGAUAUCCAUCGAGGCUUUUCGUCGAUUCUUGGAUGACAUUGGUAGCUAUCCAUAUUCGUCGUUCGUUUCCUGACAUUGUCAUGGCUGUCGCAGAGGAACCAUCGUUGUGCGUCGAUUACCGUCAAGUGUGCGAUUUCUGUUAUCGGGCAGUAUUUCCUGAUGGUCCACUUAGUCCCAGCAUAAUCCACCAAGCAUUUAAUGGCAAGUACGCGAAGGAGCUACCGCUCGAUCUACACGAGCUGGUCCGACAAGCUGUCCAAUACACUACGAAGCUGGCUGUUGACACAGUCAUUAUUGGCGAAGCUGAAACAGAGACAGAACUCGCUCGCAUACUUAGAGAUUACGAUGCUCGCUGGUUCAUAGGGAUCGAAGGAUCCGCUCAGUGGAACAAAUGCGUUACCGACGAGAUCCCUUACAUGUUUUCUAUCGCUCACGAUGCUAGCGAUGACGUAUACACCAGUCACUUACUGAGCCUGAUACUUGACGAGCCCGUUUACGUGGGCACGCUAAGCGGGCCGACAGUAGAUGCCAUCUGGGCUACACUUUCUCUUGAGUUAUUGUACAUAACUAAUGAUGACGAUGAACGUUAUUCAAUUCAGGCUCAUCCGUGGCUAUUGCGUAAUCUUGCAAUUCAAGCAGCAGACCCACCGCUUGGAUACCCCGUCUAUAUCGACCGCGUCCGUUAUUUAACAGCUUUCAACUAAGCAGAAUCAGCCCUGUAAAAGCGUCCCAUCAGAUGGGUCGUCUCUGCCAAAAUAUCGGAGAACCGAACCCUUUUCGUCAACUGUUAUGCCUAAGAACCGCGCGCCCCGACCCCUAUAUACGGCUUCCUAACUUCCGACAUGAAUAGGCCAUGUACAGCAGUACUGACGCCAAGUGAUUGUCUAACAGUUUUCUCACACAAAAAAAAGACACUGCGGCUCUGACACAGAAUAUGUUUGGAUGAUCCCAAAUGUACUGUGUGUGUGUGUGUGUGUGUGUGUGUGUGUGUGUGUGUGUGUGUGUGCGUGUGUGUGUGCGUGUGUGUGUGUGUUGUUCCACAAAUCUGCAAUCGCUGACCGUUUGUUGUUUGCAUGGGAACGUCCAACGACACAGAAAUUUGGCUGACGACCCCAAGGUACCGCGUACCAAUUCAAGAAGUCAUCUGUAUGUUAAGACCUAAACAAACAGGUAAUCAUCGAAAAAACAUACACCCCUAAGUAACAUCUAUUAAAUGGAUAGGAGAUACAUUAUCUUUCCGCAGCCGUUGUGUUUUUCAGUGGCAGUUUUCAUCAAAGUCACAACAAGAUGACCUGUACAAGAACUCGUGUAACUGGUUUAAGCUGGCCAUGUGUACAUACGCACUGCCGCUGUAUACUAUCUGUACAGAUUAGGCAGACGAAAAAAGAACGA